AUGAUGGAGGUGGCGGAUGGCUCUUUCCAGCAGCUCUACGGCGAGAUUGUGCGCUCCAUGCUCGAGCGCUAUCCGUGGCAGGUUAACAGCUCGGAGACAGGAGCUACUGGAGGAAUCUCUACAGCAGAAGAGGCAGCUGCCCAUCGUGAAGCAGUUAUUAUCAAACUGGAGGCUAUGGGGUACGACGUCGGGUGUCGUUUUGCUGAGCGAACGGCGAGAGACCGGCCGCGUAUGUUCGAGCCACUGGACGUGAUCAAGUUUGUGUGCAAGGACUUCUGGAUUGCGAUAUUCACCAAGCAGAUCGACAAGCUGCAGACGAAUCAUCGAGGCAUUUUCGUCGUCCAGGACUUUAGUUUUCGCUGGUUGGCGAGUGUCUCGGCUGCUACGGAGCAGGAGACGAGAGAGAUGGCGCUGCUCUUCCUUGUCUUUCCUUGUGGCUUGAUCCGUGGCGCUCUUGCCAACCUCGGACUAACUGCUAUCGUCAAUGCAGAUGUCCCGGACGUCCGCGCACUUCCUGGAUGUCUAUUUAACAUUAAGAUUAAGCAAGGGUGA